AUGUCGCACGAAGGGACAGACACAGAGACGCUCGUCGCUCGUCUUUCUCAUCAACCGGAGACUCUUCUUCGCUCGCUGAUCACAAUCAGCGACCCGCCCAGGCCCCCGGUGACGUUGCGGACCCAAGACCGGCCGUCGUCCCUCGGCGCGCUCGACAGGUUGCCCGCAGAACUGCUCCACGAGGUGCUGGGCCAUCUCGACGUGCAGUCUUUCACUCGGCUCUCACGCACUUGCUCCGGGGCGAAUACUAUCCUGGGGUCCAAUUCCUCAUACCAGCAUCUGUUGAGCCACGCGGCAGACGCACUGGCGGCCCUCAGCUGGACCGAGUUGAUACACCGAUACCCCCUGUCCCAGCUCGACGCCGUCCUGCAGUCGCAGCGCUGUGAGACAUGCCCCGGGUACGGGGCGUUCCUGUUCCUCCCGACCUGUGAGAGGUGUUGCUGGCAGUGCCUGCAGUUCAGGCCAGAGCGGCUGGUGGUGCCCCCGGGGGUGGCCUGCAAGGCCCUCGACCUCACGGCGGAGGAGGUCCAAGAGCUGCCCCUGAUGACCAGCAUCCCGGGCAGGUACGGGACCCGGCAGCUGCUCGUCGACAAGGUCAUGAGCCUCGUCGCCGUGGCCCACUCCAUGGAGCUGGCCGUCUCGUUCUACGAGUCUGCGGAACAGCUCCGGGAGGUCCUCUCGCAGCAGGAUAUCACCGGGCCCGCGGCUCACACGGCGAGGUUCCUGCAGCGUCUCCUGUGGGUUGAUGACUACUUUGACGCGGUCCUCGUCCCGGACCGGGGCAGCAGUCUCGUCGGCCGCUACUUUGGCUUGGCGUCCAUCCGGUUCCCAUCUCUCGUCAGGCCGGAUCGGAUUGAGUACGGACAUUGGUGCCGGGGCUGCGAGUGGGUGUACGACCGGCGUGAUCGGUUGCCGGCUGACGCUGUCGCCCAGAUAGCGCACGCUGACCUCGACCCUGAUCGCGUCUUGCUUCGUAUGGCCAGGACGGCGUAUUCUACGACUGGGUUUCUGGAACAUAUUCAUCACUGUUACGGCGCACAGAAAUUGCUUUCUGAGCCUGUAGAGGAAGCCUGA